GGGUGCGGUUGUGUGCGCGCGUUCGUGCGUGCGUGAGCAUGUGUGCGUCUGCGUGCGUGUGGGUGCGGGGAGGAGGGGGGAGGGGUUGUGCUUGCCACACACACACACACACACACACACAGAGAGAGAGAGAGAGAGAGAGAGAGAGAGAGAGAGAGAGAGAGAGAGGGUUCGGUCCCAAGAAUCUGUCUCGGCACACACAAGAUAGAUAGAUAGAUAGAUAGAUAGAGAGAUAGAUAGAGAGAGAGAGAGAGGAAACACGAGCAGUCUGCUGCUCUAGAUUGAUGUUGGAAGCCGCCAAGAGUGGAAGCUUCUUUUUUUGGCCGAAGGAGUGGUGAACAGCUCCGCGCGAAAGAGGUUUUUCUUUCUGCACGGCUUUAUUUAGCAGAGGUGAGGUCCCUCCUCGCGUCGGGAUGCAUACAGUUGUGUGAAGUGGCCAUUUCAUCGAUGAUAGCAAUUUGCAUGAGUGUUGUUGUGAAUGGCUGUUGUCACUGUCGCCAAGUCAUCACCGUCGCCGCUGCUGCUGCCACUGAAGAAGAAGAAGAAGAAGAAGAAGAAACAGUGCUGUUGCGGACAGCAUAGGCGGUGCUGCGUUCAGUGAAUUGCUGCAUUGGCUGCAAUGGGACCGUGGCGGGUGAUGAUGCGCGAAGGAUGGGAGCGAGCGGCGCUCUUCACCAAGUUUGCCUGCUUUGUGAACGUGUUUAACAGCUACGUUAUGGAAGUGACUGUGUGCAUGGGCCCCAGUAUGAUGCCGACCUUCAACCCGUCGGGCGACGUGGUUUUGCUGGAGCACGUAUCGACGAAGCUGAAUCGACUAAAAGCAGGGGAUGUGGUCGUAGCGAAGUCUCCCACAAAUCCUCGGUUGAUUGUGUGCAAGCGAAUCGUAGGUGUCAGCGGCGACCGUGUAACCAUCGUACCCAUCAAGGAAACGGAACAACUGCGACAUGUUGUGGUUCCUAAAGGCCACGUCUGGCUGCAAGGAGACAACAUCCGAAAUUCAACGGAUUCGCGUCACUAUGGGCCUGUGCCAUCGGCCAUGGUGAAAGGUAAGGUGUUUUAUAAAAUUUGGCCACCAAGGGAAUGGGGCCCUGUAGGAAGCCGGCUUUCCCUCUAAUAAGGUGUAGAAGAGGCUCUCCUUUGUAGACAUCUUAGAUUAGGUGCGUGCCGCUUUUCCCUCUCUCCCCUCGCCCUGCCCUGUAUUAAAAAGGAAACAUCCAUUUCUUGUGUAUCAGUUUGCAACUU